UUCACAGUAACACUCCAUCAUCAUCAGACCUGUGAAGUGGCUGUAUGUGGUUGUUUCUGCAGUGUGUGGGAGAUCAGAUACUCAGUUUCCAAGAGAGCGCAGACAGGCAAAACAAAGGAUUGUCUCUCUUUAAAUUCGUUCUCUUUUCCGUUCCGCUUGAAUCCGGGGUUUUCUGGGGAGAGACAGGGGAUUUUGAUGACAGUUUGUUGGCAUUUUAUCCAGGGCCAGUUUUCAGGCGACAGCCCACAGAGCCGGUCCCGGGCGGGGAGUGUCGCCUGAGGGCCGCCCGUGUUAGUGUCAGGUGUCUGCGCCUCGCCAGACUCUCCACGCCAUUGUUGUGGAACACAGACAGCGGAGGACGGACGGGGGGGGGAGGAUUAGUAGGCGGUGGUAGCUGAGGGGAGAAAGGGAGGGGCGGGGCGCCGGCCGGGAGGAUGACAUCAUCUUCUCUCUGAAAUCAAUCACGGCUCCGGCAGUGAUUGGGCGCUGGCUCGCUGGCUAGAUGCUGGGAAGUUCUCUUCCCCCUUUUUUUUUUUGAAAAAAAAAAUCCUGCUUUUUUUCUCUUUCAGUUUCGUCCCCCGCCUCCAUCCCGUCGGCGCGGUCACUCCCUCCCUCUCUCUUGUCCGCGAUCCGGAGCCCAUCGGCAGCUCUUGUGUGUGAGCCCAGCGCCCGGGGCGGUCGGACUGGAGGCCCAUCAGCACCGCUCCCUGUUCGCUCGAGUCGGUGUGUCUGCAGCCGGUACCGGCGCCGGGAGAGACGCGGCGGAGGAGCCUGUGUUCGUGAAGCGCUGGGCGUUGUAGAAGCGGCUCUGUCCUGCUCUGUCGCCGGCCCCGCUCGCUGGAGGUGAACCGUUUUCUCUGCAUGCAGAGCAAGUCUUCCUGUCCAGAAGGCACAGUCUGGUUGGAAGAGAAGUGAGUGAGCUGCUCCUGCAGUGGUGAAGAGUAGCACAGGGACACCACACAGCCAUUCCUGGGGGAGAUGAAGCCGGAUGGGGUUGCCACGGCAGCAAUGGAAUCUACAGAGACACUGGAGGCGGGGCCUGUCGUCGAGGCAGCACCCUUAGGGGAGGAGCCACAGGAGCAGGUCCCGCCCCCCGAAGAGAAGCAGCCUGCCGAGGAGAAGCAGCUGGCUGAGGAGACGGCUCCCCCUGCAGCCAAGGAGGGGAACAGCAAGCUCGCGGCCGGGAAGGCCAAGCCGAAAGGCCAGGCGGGUGGUCCAGCUAAAGGCAAGGCCAAUUCUACUGGCGGGAAGGCUGCGGGUGCUGCGGGUCCCGGCUCCCGACCUGGGACGGCGCAGAACCGCUCUGCGGUUAACGGCGUCCAGAAGCCCCUGGCCAAUGGGGUGGCGAAGAAAGCGACCGCGGCCGCCACUGGCACAGAGAAGAAGAAAGUGACCAUGGCGAGCGUGGCGCCGACGAAGAGGCCGGUUGGCUCGGCCACCGGCACCCCCUCUUCCUCAAGCACGCCCAACAAGAUGGCCGACAGGAAGCCCACAGGGUCUGCCCGGCCCGUCUCGGCGGCCGGCGCCAACUCCACAUCGACCAACGGCACGAAGGCAGGGGCGGGGGCGGCCCAGCCCAACAAGAAGCCGGCGGGCGGGACCAACACUGCCCGGGUGCGGCCCAGCAGUGCCGGUGAGUCCACAGGGCCUGCCGUGACCAGACGAGUGCUCUGGGCAGGAGGGGGCGCCAAUCAGAGAGAUGCCGCCGCUGCCGCCGUCGCCACUGUUGCCGCGGCCACCGCGGUUGUCGCGGCGUCGGCACCGCAGCCCUCCCUGGAGAGCGCGGCGACCGCGGCCGAAGCAGGAGUCGCAGCCGAGCCUGUGGAGUCACCCGCUAGCGCCCCGGAGACCCCCCUGCUGGACAUCGCCGCCGCGGAGCCCCUGCAGGCGCAGGCAGCUCGGCCGCCGUUCCCCAGCGCGCGGUCGACUCCGGAAGAGGAGGCUCCUCCUCCCCCUCCCCCGCCCUCUCAGCCGACGGGUGCAGUGCCGGAGGAGGCCGUCCUGGGCCAGGACCGGCCCGCCACGCCGCCGGAGCUGACUGCGGACAGCGAGGGGCUCCCGCCUGCCAGCGCGGGCCCGGUUCCGGAAGAGCACGAGCCGGGGCAGGAGGAAGAGCGGCACGUGGCUGAGGUCCCGAAGCCCGUGGCCGCGGUGGAGCCGCAGAGACCACAGGAGGAGCCGGAGCCCGCGCCAGCGCCCGACUUCUUCAGAUCGACUCCGAAACCGGAGGAGGAGGAGGAGGACGACGACGAGGAGGAGGAGGAGGACGAGGUCGAGGAGCGGCAGGUGGCGAUCGAGAAAGCGGACGAGGAGAUCAACGACGAUGAUGAUGAGGAGGAGAAGGACGGCAGCCAGCCGGUCUCCGUGUCGGAGAUGAGCGAGACGCAGCCCACCGAGGAGGACGAGGGUGAGGAGGGCUACGCCGGGAGCGGGGCGGCCCCGAGCCUGCCGGACGCGCGGGAGAGGAGCGAGUCCAGGGGCGGCGGCGGCGCGGCCGUGUCGGAGAUGGACUCGGAAGACGUCAGCUGCAGCCAGCAGGGGGUGUCGGAGCUGAGCGCGCCGCAGUCGGACGCCGGCCUGCUGGAGGGGACGGAGAGCAUCGACGACCUGGGGGACGCCAGCCUGAAAGGCGCUGAGGGAGAGGGGGCGUCGGUGGGCUCCCCCGACAUCGAGGCGGUCCCGGAGAUCCCCGGGAACGAGCUGGAGGAAGAGGACGAGGAGGAGGAAGACGAGGAAGAGGGGGACCGGGUGUGCGACAUGGAGGUGGGCUCGGAGAGAGCGGAGGACCCCCGCCAGGCCCUGAAGGAGGAGGAGGACGAGGAUGUGGACAUGGCCAGCGAGGGCGUGACGGAGAGCGGGCUGGAGAGCUACGGCAACGCCGACGAGGACGACUUCGCGGAGGAAGAGCGGGCCGUGGACAACCUCCUGGCGGCCCAGAGCAGCAGCGAGACCAGCACGCCGGAGGAGCUGAAGGACUACGACAGCAGCUCGGGGGUGGAGUCCCGCUCGGAGGAGAAGCCCCCCGAGCAGCGGCCGCCGGGCGGGCGCCCCGAGGUCGAGCAGGACCUGGGCAUCCACCUGGAGAGGGGCGACGGCGAGGACGAGGAAGAGGAGGAGGCGGAGACGCUGCCGGCCGACGAGGUCCUGGGGGACGCCCCGACCGAGCCUGCCUCCGCGCCCUCCUCCCGCUCGCGCUCCGCCGCGUCCUCGGAGGACGAGGCCAGCGACACCGAGGGCGAGGCGCAGGUGGGCGAGCCGGACCCCCACGGCGUCGACAACCUGGCCUUCGAGAAGGUGGCGGCGGCGGCGGCGGCGGGAGACACCGCGGCCGCGCUCUCGGCCCUGGAGGAAGAGGCAGCCGAGGAGGAGGAGGAGGAGGAGGCCAGCCUGAUGGGCGGGGAGGGGGACGGCGACACGCCGCAGUCCGCCAACUCGGCGGCGUCCUACGUCUUCGACUCCAACGCCCACUCCACCACGGAGAGCUGCGGGAAGAGCCCCGGCAUCUUCUCCCUGGAGAACGAGGACCAGCUCCCGGAGGAGAUCAAGGAGCUCAACCUGCGGGCCGCCGCGGGCCAGGGGGACGGGGAGGCCGUGGGGCCGCCCGUCGACCUGCUGCCCCUCCAGGAGGGGGCGCUGGAGCUCUCCGCCCCGGGGGGGGGCGAGGGCGAGGGCGAGCAGGAGUACCUGUUCUGCGAGAAGGCGGGGUACCCCCAGGCUGGCGGCGGUGGGGUCGGCCGGGAGGCCUCUCCCCUCCCCGGAUCCCCGGAAAGCCCCGCCUCUCCGCCCCCGGGACAGGAGGGCGACCCCGUGCUGCCCUGCUACGCGGCCCUGUGCGAAAAGACUGAUAGCGCGCUGGCAGGCGGGGGGCAGAACGAGGGCGGCCACCUCCUCCGAUGGAGCCCUGAACUCCUGGGAGGGGAGCAGCCGCAGCCGGAGGAGCAGCAGCCGCAGCAGCAGCGGCAGGGUGGAGAAGCCCCGCUGCACUGGGAGAUCCCAUGCGAGGAGACGCAGCCAGCAUGUCGCCAGGAACAGGAGUGCAAGGAGCAGCAGCAGCAGCAGAACAAAACGGCACCAGUGGCGGUGCUCCUCUCGCCGUCCUCCGCGCUCAGCACCAUCUACGAGGCCAUGGAAACCACGGACGAGGAAGAGGAGGGAGAAGGGGUGUGGAUCCGGCGGGAGGGGGCAGAGGAGUGUGGGGAGCUGCAGGCGGCGACGGGGAAGGAGGAAGACCUGCACAGCCAGGAGCGGCCCGACCCGCAGCGCCCCCUGCUGGAGCUGGACUGGGUCAACAAGGCGGAGAUGGUCCAGCAGCUGAUCAACCAGACGCUGCUGCUGGCGGGGGAGCGCUGUCCCCUGCUGCUGACCGGCUCGGGGGGCACGCUGAGCCCGCUGGAGUCGAGCCGCUGGCCCGAGCUGCUCUCUCCGCUUGACCCCCCCGGUGCCAGCAUCACCGCCGUCACCAGCUACUCCCCCGAGGACCACGGCUGCAGCCAGGGUGACUGGACCGUGGUGGAGCUGGAGACUCACCACUGAGGCACAGCCGGGAGCACGCCAGCCAUCAAUACCUGUUCAUCACUGAUCAAUAACCCGCCGUCCAGCGCUGCUCAUUUCAGCUCAUUCACUUCAGUUCCAUUCCAAAACCUGGAAGCAUCACUGAUUGAUAACUUGAAAUCAUCUUCAAUCAAAAGACACGCCACUGAGCAAUAUCCUUAUCCAUCACUGAUCAAUAACCGAUAAUUCACCCCUGGUCAGCGACAGGGUGAAAAACCACCCUACCACCAAUCGGCACCUUAUUUAUAAUCACUACUGGAAGGAGGGAGAGCAGUCGGCAACCAAUCAAUUUCAAUCCGAAAACUGAUCAGCAAUCAAUUAAGUGUCUAAUGUAUAAUCGUCAGAACUGUCAAUUUGCAGCAGGAAGCAAAAGCCACCUGAGGGAUCUAAGGAAUCUGUAAUCAGAUGAGGGCUGUCUGCUCUGGCUUUCCUAAUCAACAACUGAUAUGGUUUUGGGCUGGAGACACAUCUGAGAUCCAUCAGCUAUCAAUCGUCAGUCAGGCUACAGGUGCAAUACCUCAUCCUCCCGGCGUGAGGCAACACCUGCACGGAAAACAUGAAUCACUGCCAGCUGGGGUUCUUGAUAGUGUUUACUUUAAUAAUGUGUUUUUUUUUUAAUUAAUGAUGAUCUCUAAUUGAAGGAUGACUCCUGACUGCUGGACUUGGUAUCAGACUUGUCUUCCUUUGCAGAAGGAAGGAUCUCGGGCAGAGGGACGGAGCCUUGUGCUGUUCGAACAGGCAGUGAACUAAAAAACAGAGCUGAAGCCUCUUGGCAAACAGCUUACAACAUUAGUGCUGCCAUCCUGCCGACAACACUGGAAGUGGGUUUUGGGAAGGGAGAGGUCGAAGGUCAUGCUUUAAUCUGGCUGGGCUCUGGGCGUAACAUGACGGCAGUAAAAUGAGAGUUUGAAAUUCUUUCUCCUCUCUCCUUUGGGAGGGAGAUGGAGGGAUAGAGGCUUCAUCUGUGCUGUUUUGUUGGCGAUGUGCUGUAGAGGAGUCUGUGUGUGGGAGGCCUCUUGGCAUUCCAAGGCCAUGACAUAAUUUCCUGGGUCUUUCUGUCUGAGGGGACGCUGCGGUUGCUGAUGUCAUAAUCAGAACAGAGGAGUGGAGGAACAAAGGGUGAACAGAGCGAGGGGGAGGGGAGAGGAGGAUGGGCUGUGUUGCAGUAGAGAGAGAGGGGACUGAAGGGGGGGGUGGGGGAGAAAAACAGCUCAUUAUCUUUAUGGGGCAGCAGUGUUUCUACUCCUGCAACAAGUUAGCAGAUUUGAAUUUUUGCCAAUGCAUAGACCAUGUCUAGCUAUGGAAGAAUUUGGUUGGUGUGGACUGGAGACAGAGGGGCACAGUGGGAGCAAGAGAGGCUGGCUAGGCCAGGGCUUAGUCAAAGGAGAGGGGUAGAAGGAGCUGAGAGUGGAGAGAGAGGGAGAAAAAGGGGUGUAGGGUACCUCAUGGGGAAGAGAGAGGUCUGUAACAAUGAAGAAGGCAGACAGCUGGCCAGCCCAAGUUUCUGAGAACAGUGGGAUUGGUGUGUGGCUCAGAGAGCUAGCAUCAGCAGAACGAGUCAGCUCUGUCUGCAGCAUAUUUGCUUUCUCUGCAUUUGUCUUUUAAUAUUUUCUCUCCUGAAUGCAGCAUGUUCUGUGGUUAAUAUUCUGUUUACAGGUGUUGUGCCUGUUGAAGCAGCUAUUACAUUUUUACGGCACUUAUUCUUCAGGAGACUCGUAUGGUUUUUGUGCCAGUCUGGAUUCAGGGAUGACAGGAUACAUUUCAGGGAUACAGGGCUGAAAUAAGUUGAGCAUGAAAUUCAGGUUUUAGACAAAAGUCUUGCCUGUUGAAAUGCAUGCUUAAAUCCUGAGCCUUGUUUCCAAAGCUACAGGAAAGGUGAUCUCACUGCAGAUCAGAAGAUGUCUAUGUCCGUUCGGGCUCUCUAGUACUUUAGACCAAUGAAGAAUGAUGGUCAGUGGACAAAGCUCCAGUGAACUGAACAUUUUUGCAGAGUUGAGCUGCUGUAGUUCCUAAUGGACUCUUUUUAACAGAAGGGUGAUGCAGAAGCGGUUUUCAAAACCAGUGAUGUAUGCUGGCACGUUGAACCAGGGGCAGUUGUGAACUCUGGAGGUUAAUCACCUAAAUGAUAAGAGUUUCCACUUUUUAUCUAUUGCACUAUUUUCUCCGUAAUUCUGUGGAUCUCUGUGUUUUCUCCUCUUUUUCCCUACUGUUUUUGACAAUUGAUUCAUACUGAGGGAGCAACUGGCCAAGUCAGGGAUCAGUGAGGCCCUGUAAUGGGCUUCCUCUUCUAGACUCCAGUUUUUUUUGGCAGCCCUCCCUUGUCACAGUGGAGGAGGGAAGGGGAGAUUAUGGUUGUGUAGUUCUUUCAGGUUUAUCUUACACACCUGCUUACACUCUGAACACUUCUGGUACGAUACCACAUUUAAUUUAAUUUAUGUGCUUAAAGAUUUAUUAGUCUCAAAUGGUACAAGGACCAAUGGCUUUCAACGGUGUCCUGAGUUAAAGGUGGCUUUUACUGUUCUGUAUAAAGCAAACCCCUGGGUACUCCUGUUCGGGUGCUCUUUACAGAGCAGGCUCAAGACCGCACUCGAAACCUGUGACACCUCGGGGCUCUAGCAGCGCAGGGUGGGACAGCAGUCAGAUGGUACAAUCUAUUCACACAGGAUACUGUGAAAAUGUGAAUAAACAGCACUGUACUACUGGAUUGUAGCACAGCACGCGUGUAUCAGAAGGACUUCUGGAGAUAGUAUUGUUCUAACAAUUAAAGACUUAAGCAUGAACUUUUGUGCCAAGCCAAUGCACUGCAGGUGCUUAUAACAAUAGGAACUAAUUUUAUUUGCUGAACUGUUAUUUAGUAGACUGUCCUUAAUGCAAGAACAUAAAUUCCCUGUUUAGACCUUGGUAAAUGUUUGAAUAAAAGCUGGACUUUUUUCUGCAGUUCUAUUUUCUGACAGAAGGGAGAUGGCAGUGCCUGUGCAUUUCUGACAUCGGGAAAAGGGAAUGCAGGUUGUUUUUAUUUCCACUGUAGGGCAGAUGAAAAGCUGUGAAGUAGUUUUAAGUAAGGAACUUAGAAGUUACGGAGCGCACUACAGAAGGGAUUGAAACUUGCAAAUACAAACGUGUAGUAGAGAAAUGUGUUCAGCUGAUCCUGAACCUAAGUCUAAUAGACUUCGGGAGAAGGCAGGUUUUUUUCAUUCUGAUGUUUGAAUGCUUGUGUGCAGUAGCUCAGGUCAGGUCAUUUGUUUACCCUACAGACUGAAGAAGAGCGUUUUAUAGGCCAGUCUUCAAUCUUUUAGGAUGUGUUUUCAGUAAAUGGUUGUGCUUUUGUGUAGUUGUGCAAUUUAAUAAUUAGGUCAAACGCCUCCUGUAACUUGAAAGAAAAAGGGAAAGGGGAGACGCAUGGGCCUCAGGCUGGAGGUUCGAGGUUCUGUGAAAUGGCAGCUAAAUGUGAUUUUUCUCCAGUAUUGGAAAGUUUAUUUUGUAAUUGAGGCUGUGGUUCAGCUGGAAGGAAGGGAGGUGAUUUUAUAUACAGGUUGAUUUUCUU